GGGGAUGGGGGGCGGCGAUGGCGGCCUCAGCGCCCGGAGGAGCCUCAAGGCCCGGGGCCGCCUCAGCCCCGGGACCGCGCGGGACGAGCCCCCCUGUGCCCCCGCCACCCCCUCGCAGCCCGCGGCACGGUUUCCCCGGUGUCCCGUGGGGCCGGGUGCGCGGAGCGCGGGGCGAGGCGGCCCCGAGCGGGCCCCGAGCGGCGGCGGGCGCGGACGGGGCGGUUUCGCCUCGUUGCUGGAAAUGAAACGAUCAAAAUGUGGCUGAGGAAGAAGGAAGGCGCUGCAGCGCCUCUUUAAGAUCCCCCGUGAGCAGAGGGUGCCUGCAGAGAAAUGUCCUCUGGGGCUGUGCAGGCUGUGGCACCGUUUGCUUAGAGCCUGGGAUUGUGUCCCCGGGAAUUGGUCGGGAAAGGGAGCAGAGAAGGAGGAAUAAAGCUCAUGGCCCUGCCCUGUGCCCUGCAGCGCAGGACGAGCUCAGCCUGUGAAAAGCUGAUUGAAGGGCAACUCAUUGAACUUGAAGAUGGGACCACAGCUUACAUCCAUCAGGUGACAGUUCAGAAAGAGGCUGUGGCUUUUGAAGAUGGGCAGCCAGUGGUGCUGGAGGAUGGCAGCAUGGCCUUCAUACACAGCACAGCUAAAGAGAGUUACGAGCCCAGCACAUUCCAGGCUGUCCAGCUGGAGGAUGGCUCCACUGCCUACAUCCACAGUCCUGUCAUCCUGGCACCUGGCAGCACCAUCCUGCAAGUGCAGACAGAAACUGGGCUGCAGGGGCUGGCUGGGGAGGAGGAAGAUGAUGGCCUUGAUGUGGACACCAUUAAUGCACUGCAGCAGCGUGGCAGGAAGGGGUCUGAUGAGGAAGAGGAGGGAGUGACAGGCACCUGCCAUGUGAAGAGUAAAGACUCCAGCAACAUCUCUUCACAGCAGGAUUUGCAGGAGGAGGAGGAGGUGCAAAGCCACAGGAAGGGGCAGCGGGUCGGCAGCAGAGCUUUCCGCUGUGGCUACAAAGGCUGUGGCCGCCUCUACACCACUGCCCACCACCUCAAGGUACAUGAACGUGCUCACACAGGUGACCGGCCAUACACCUGUGACUUCCCAAGCUGUGGGAAAGCAUUUGCUACAGGGUAUGGUCUGAAGAGCCACGUGAGAACACACACAGGUGAGAAACCCUACAAGUGUCCAGAAGACUUGUGCAGCAAAGCCUUCAAAACCUCCGGGGACCUGCAGAAACACAUCCGCACGCACACAGGUGAGCGUCCCUUCAAGUGUCCCUUCGUGGGCUGUGGCCGCUCCUUUACCACGUCCAACAUCCGCAAGGUUCACGUGCGGACGCACACGGGCGAGCGGCCCUACCUGUGUGCAGAGCCUGGCUGUGGCAGGGGCUUCACCAGCGCCACCAACUACAAGAACCACAUGAGGAUCCACACAGGAGAGAAGCCAUACCUGUGCAGCGUGCCGGGCUGUGGGAGGCGCUUCACCGAGUACUCCAGCCUGUACAAGCACCACGUGGUGCACACGCACUGCAAGCCCUACACGUGCAGCAGCUGCGGCAAGACCUACCGGCAGACCUCCACGCUGGCCAUGCACAAGCGCAGCAGCCACGGCGAGCUGGGGGCCACCGAGGAGAGCGAGCAGGCUCUCUACGAGCAGCAGCGGCUGCGGGCUGCUGCAGCUGCUGACAGAGGCUCUCCAGGGGAGAGUCAGCAUAUUGCUUUCCUGUCAGAGAUGGAGGAAGAUGAAGAAGAAGAUGCUGUGCCUACACAAAUCUCACUUAUUUCUCAGGAUGGGACAGAGCAGGUCAGUCUGUGUCAGGAGCAGCUGCAGGCCCUGGGCAGUGCCAUCGGCGUGGUGGCACACAGCGGGGUCCUCGCCGUGCCCCAGGGACAGCUGCCAGGUGGUGACACUGGGGCCAUGGCUGUGGCCAGCACCGAUGGCACCGAGGCACAGGAGGUGGCCAUAGUCACUUCUGGGGCAGAAGAGGAGUCGGACAUGACCCCGCUCUGUCAUCAGCAGGUGGCAUUGCUGGCCACCUCCCACGGCACCCACAUUGCUGUGCAGCUGGAGGAGCAGCAGGGCCUGGAGGGAGCCCUCAGCAUGGCCACAGCAGUCAUCCACUACGAGCCAGUGCCACCAGACACAGCCCUGCCCCAGAAGGGGAGCUGAGGCCAGCAGAGCAGCUGUGGCAGGGGACUGGCAGCCCCAGCCUGCCGUGGGCAGGGACAGAGGCUGAGCCAGUGCCAGCGUGUGCCCUGUGCCAGCUGGGGCACUGAGGGGGCACAGGGCUGCUGGGGGGACCUGUCUGAAGGGCCCUUCCCUGCGGGGAGCAGGGCUGCUGCCUGCUCCUGGGCUCCGAGCAGCAGCCUCUCUUCAGGGGCACUCCUGCCCUCUCUCCAGGAAUGGCCCAGCACUCCCCUUUCUUGCCCACCCCUCCAGCUCAGGGGAAGUGGGCAGCACUUGCACAGAAGCCAUAAAGGCCCAUCAGAGCCUGCCCAGGCUGUCCUGAGCUUGGUAUGGAGGGUGAGCAGUUCCUGCCAUUGGAGCAAGCACUGGGAUGGUUCCAAGAGCAGUUCUCCCAUCUCUUUGUCACACUUCCUUUUCAAGCAGGGCUUCCAUGGCAGAUUCCUUGGCUGUGGAGCAGAGCAGCCAGCACUUGCCAGGAGCUGAGCAAGACCUGGAUGUAAAUGCUGAGUUGAAAUAAAAACAAAUUUAAAAUCUG